AUGUCCAAGAUGCGGCUGACAUCCAGGAGUAGGGAGAGAAGAGAGCGGCAGCAGGAUGAGGUGAAAUUUGAGGAGUGCGAAAUGAUUCCAAAAUCAGGAAAAUCUCCGGCAGACUCGAGGAAAGUUGUCAGCAUCCACGAGUUUGCAGCACUUGCCAGAUCCUCUUUAAACGGUAUCUCCCAGGUGGUGAGGGACCAUGUAACGAAGCCAACAUCCCUCGCUCAGGGCCGGGUAGCACACCUCAUAGAGUGGAAGGGUUGGCCAAAAACGUCCAACCCACCCCCGGCCCCCCAGUCCCACUUCAACUCCUACUGCCAUCUGACUGAGGGGGAGAAGGAGGCCCGCUUCGCUGCAGGAGUGGCUGAACAGUUUGCAAUUGCUGAGGCCAAGCUGCGUGCCUGGGCAUCUGUGGAUGAUGAUGAGGAAGAGGAGGAAGACUCCAAUGAGGAGGAUUGCCAGUCCAAUGAACAGACACCCACUUUCUCCAGCCAGAACACAGACAUCGCCAAAUCCAAUCCCGUUUCUGGAGCGACAUGCCAGGCUGAGAUUGACAGUAGCGAGGCUCCACCCUCUGUGAGUCCCGUGAGCUCCAGCAGCAGCUGUGGCAGAUCUGCAUCUCACAGUGACCCACAUUCACCUCAGACUAAUUCACCUACUUUGCACGAUGAUCAUAUGAGCCCAUUCCUGGAGGAGGAGGAAGAGGAGGAGGCAGAGGAGGAGCUGGUCGCUCACAAAGAGCAUCUGGUUCCCCUGCAAGAGCAUGGUGGCGAGGUCUGCAUCCACCACAAAUCUGAAUGGAGACCCCGAGCCAGGAGCAGCAGGUUCGACUCCUGCUACUCCACCUCUCACUCCGAGUCACCCGGAGAGGAGGACGAAGAGGAUGAGGAGGGGGAUGGGAGCGUUUUCCACGAGGCUCGGGUGUGGCACUGCAGCCCGAGAGGCUUCUUCUCUGACAGGGCUUCCUCUGGAGUGGCGUCAUUCGAUGAGGAGGAAGAGAGGGACGAAAUGGAAGGGAAGAAGGAAGACGAAGAGCAUUUCAUGUAAUGUGUAAACCAUCUUUCCCCCAGCGAGCCGAUCCUUAA